CGAGAAACUUUUACUCCCAGACGCACCCUGCACACUGAGAAUGACCUGUUCUGAGAGGUGACACAGGGAAAUUUCAGUGAAUUAGGAACUAACAUGGUGUCCCAGGGGUCCAAUAGCUGCACACUGAAGAGGACUGUGCCUGUGAUACGCCUGGAGGAUGAUGCUGACCUCAGGGAAAUUUAUACAUUUGAAAGGAAAUUGGGUCAAGGUAGCUUUGGAGUUGUUUAUGAAGCCACCCACAUUGAGACUCGGACAAAAUGGGCUAUUAAAGAAGUUCAUAAACCAGCGCCAGGAAGUUCGAAAGUUGAGAUGCUGGAAAAUGAAAUAAAUAUUCUCAAACAGGUGAAUCACGCUCAUAUAAUACAUCUCAAGGAAGUCUAUGUCGCAGCUAAGAUGACUUAUUUGGUCACUGAGCUGUGUGUUGGAGGUGAUCUGAAGCAACUGUUGAAGCGGAAAAAGUCCUUUACAGAGGAUGAGACGAGGCAUAUCAUCUCCAGCUUAGCUGACGCCGUUGUCUACCUUCACAAAAGAGACAUCGUGCACCGAGACUUGAAACUUGAAAAUAUCCUUGUGAAAAACAGUGUUGAUGAGGAUGAAAUUGGCAGGGUUGACAUCAAGGUGACAGACUUUGGGUUAUCGGUGCAGACAGGCGGUGUAGGCAUUGAGAACAUAAUGACGGACGCCUGUGGGACUCUUAUCUUUAUGGCCCCUGAAAUUAUGUGUGACCGUGGUUACACUCACUUGUGUGAUGUAUGGAGCAUAGGAGUUGUAAUGUACAUGUUGCUGUGUGGAGAGCCUCCAUUUGUGUCCAGGUCAAAGACCAGUCUAUUUCAGGAAAUUAUGAGCAAAGAGGUCAAAUUCACCCAAACCGUCUGGGCUACAGUCAGUAAUGCAGCAAAAAAUCUAUUACCUUGUCUUCUGAAGAAGGACCCUGCCUAUCGCAUGUCUGCUAAUCAGCUCCUAGAAAACCCCUGGAUCACAGGUGACACUAAUGUGUCUGCAUUACCAACCAAUGUGCUGGAGAUGAUGCGUCACCACAGAGAACAGCAAGAGAAAAUAGGAACUCUGGAGGACUCACCCCACACAUCCUCUGAGGACACACUGGGCCAGUCGCUGGCCCCGGGGAAGGCUUCAGCUAAAACAGACAGCAACCACAGGAGCAAUGUUAAACUGAAGUCAAAGUCAAGCAGAGAGGGGAGGCUCUGCACACAGACCACAUCCACCAAGCAGAGUACAGACAGAGUUGGCAACAUCCGGCAGGACAAGCACAACAAUGGCUGCACACCCCAAGGACCGUCUCAGUCAACCUCUACACAGAUUCAUGCUGGCGCAAAAGCCUACACACAGCAGACUCGGGUUUGGGACAAGAAGGACCUCAGUGCAGGACAGAAAGCAGCCUCUGUUGAGAGAAGAACUUCUCCAUUCAGUAAAAGUUGUUCCAAAAUAAACAGAAGAAAACAGAGACAGAACACGGAAGAGGCAAGCCACAAAGAGACAGCCUCAUACACUUAAUUUAAUAAAUAUAAUUCCAUGAUUUAUCAUUAAUGUGAAUGUUAGUACUAUGAACGGUGGAACCUUUACUUUGAUGUCCUUAGUCCAAGCAUUUAGAGCAGUUUCAAAUAAUUGAGGGUACUAUGCAGAUGUGGGAAAAAAGUAGACAGAGACCACUGGAGCCUAAAAUCAGCUGUUCCUUGUGCCAAAGAAAGCCCACUUUCCGAGUCUGAGCUGAAACCUGCCUGCUGGAGUGAAAGGGUAGCAGCCAAGAUGCUCAGACUUUUAGUGCGCUUUAAACACAGAGCCUUAUGUUAGGUAUUUUACUUUUUACUGUUGUUUUAAAAAAUAUUUAUUAUUUUCACAUUUGGAACUAUAAGCUGGGGUCAACAGGGAUUUAAUGAUGUGAUUACGUUUUUCAACAUUUCAGCACAUUUUUAUAAAGAUUAGCACGGAUUGUUCUCACUUGAUUUAUUCAAAAUAGGUGAAUCUAAUGUAAAAGAUUGUAAGAAUAUUAUGUUUUUAGGCUGUCGAAGACUUAGAAUGUGCCAAAUGUCUUUAAACAGAACAGCAGCACAAUAGUUUUUCAUGUUUUGUUUCAGUGAAAUCACAUGAAAUAAAUAUGUAUGAUUUUUCAUGAUCAAUAGCUAAGUAGAAGUUAAUUCUUCUAAAUAGUACAGAAGAUUUAACUGGAUAUCAUUUCACUGUACCAGAAUCAGCAGAAGGGGUUUUCUUUUCUCCUGCUCUGACCUCUCAAUUCUAAAAACGCCCUGUAUGCACUGACUGCUCCCACUCAGUGUCAAAACAGAGAAACUG